GGGGCGCGCGGGCCGGGCCGUGGUGGCGCUAAGGCUCCGUUAGCGGGCGCUGCUCCCGGCGCCUGGCGCGGGGUCCUGCUAAGCGUGGCGUCCCGGGGGGGGUACGCACGGGGAGCGAAUGAGUGACACUCUGAAAGCAAUAAAGAGCCCACGGCACCUUCCCCGCCCUCUCCGCACCCUCCCCUGCGGGGCGGCGGCAGCUCCGCAGGGAUCCAGCGCGCUUGCCCCCAGCUCUGUCCCUCGCUCCCGCCCGGUCCGCGCCGCCGCCCGAGCAGCGGCAAGGCCCUUCCCCGCCCCGGCUGGCAGCAGCGCAGGCUGCCGGGGCCCGGCCCGCCUGGCCUGGCCGCGCCGGAAGGGGCGGUGCGGCGGCGGGCCCCGCCGGCCGUUGCCCGGUGCCGGGCGGGGAGCCCCGCUGCGGGGCGGGGAUGGCGGACGAGGCGCUCUUCCUGCUGCUGCACAACGAGAUGGUGGCGGGGCUGCACCGCGCCGCCGAGCAGGGCGAAGGGGAGAACGGCCGCUGCACCACCAAGCUGGAGAGCAUGGGCUUCCGCGUCGGGCAGGGGCUGAUCGAGAGGUUUACAAAAGAUACUGCCAGGUUCAAAGAUGAAUUAGAUAUUAUGAAGUUCAUCUGCAAGGAUUUUUGGACAACUGUAUUCAAAAAACAAAUAGAUAACCUAAGGACUAAUCAUCAGGGUAUUUAUGUUCUUCAAGACAAUAAAUUUCGUCUCUUGACACAAAUGUCUGCAGGAAAGCAAUAUUUAGAACAUGCACCAAAGUAUUUAGCAUUUACCUGUGGAUUAAUCAGAGGAGGCCUGUCAAAUUUGGGAAUAAAGAGUAUUGUAACAGCUGAAGUUUCAUCAAUGCCUGCAUGUAAAUUUCAGGUGAUGAUACAGAAAAUGUAGUACACAUCCAAAUCUGGGUAUCUACCUUAAAAAUGGUUUGUGUGGAUUCAGUAUCUUGGUUCAGCUUUGUAUGUAGCUUGUAAAUUAUAGCAGUGCUCAAUUGCAAAAUAUAUAAUAAAUGUUAAUAACAAUAACACUAUCCUUGUAUCUUGGUAUGAAAUUUAUACUAUACCAAGGUAUUAAUGUCCAUCUGGUUAGAACUGUCUACGCAGAAGUUUGCAGCAAAAUAUUUCAAUUCCUAAAACAACACAUACAGAAGACCAGAGGCAUCUUUUGAGAAGAGAGUAUAAGCCUGAUCAAGACUAAACUGGAGUAAGAAACUAAUGCCCAACUGCUACCUUUCCUUAUUUGUGCUGAACUGUGAGGCAGCAAUUGCUUUUGUAUCAUUCUGAGGAAGAUCUUAACAUGUGAACCAACAGCCUUCAUUAAUGGUGUUCGGUGGAAGUUUAGUUCCUUUUGUAGGAAUGAUAGGGUGGGGGCCGGGAAAUAGAAAAGAGAACUGAUUUCCACAUAGUUGAACAGUUUCUUUCUUCCCUAAAAUUGGGAGCUUUUUCUUUCUGUGUCAGAGUAGUUUUAUAGCUAAGGUGAUUAUACUGGCCAAAGGAGGAAAUUUGUUUUGGCUUGUGCAUAAACUCAGUAUUAACAUAAUUGUUUUUAUUUACUAGCUGCAACUCAUUUCUGUAAUGAGUGUGUGCAAGAAGAUUAUUAGGCCUGCAAGAAGCUAUAAAGACAUCACUAAGACUUUGAGGACACUGGGGUUUGAUAGAUACUCCUUGUUGCAAGAUUUGCAUAACAACAUGCAUCUUGCUGCAAGCAUGAAAACAUCUUGUUAAAACUUUUAAUGUGUCUGAUAUUCAGUUUCUACUUUCAGACCAGUAAAUAACAGGCUAACCAGAAAAGCUAACAUGUUAAAAUAGUACCUUUGUUUUAACACCUUCUGUGUUGGGAUAAGUGUAUGGUUGGUUGCAUGAUGGGCAAGAACAGUGGAAGCUUUUCUUCCCUAAGCCCAAGGGAAGGUCGGAAGUUUGUAAUGGAUCCUGCCUUUCCUAGAUAGCUGUUACAAGCUGGCAAGCUAUAGAUUACAGCAUAACCAGAGGUUGUGCUUAAGAUUGUGAUCAAAUUCUGAUCUUUUCAGGUACUGUGAAUCCUAGUUUAGAUUAGUUGUAUCUGAAUAACUUGACAAUUCUGGGAAGCAUUUAGAGUAGAACUCAAACGAGCAGAAUGCUGUCCCUCUGUUUUGUAGAACUAGUAAAUAUGGUUGGUACCCAAUGUCUGUUCACCCUGCAGGUGCCUGAAAUGUGAUUACAUUGAAAUGUUCAUCUAGUCUGUUUAGUCACACUUUCAGCAUGUUGAAAGCAAGAGGAAUUGGCAAUCGAAGAACCCAUAAAAUCCAAAAAUACUAGUUAGCCUAGUAUUAGUAUAGUAUCCUCUAGCCCUACAAUUUAAAACAAAUUGAGUUAUAAAGUUGAACAACCCCAGCCCCCUAUAAAUUACCAGUAUAAGAACCCAGCAUUUUUCAUCAAACAGCUGAUCCCCACCCAUGUAACAGAAUACUAGCAUAGCAAUAGAAUCACUGUUACUUGCAUCUCCAUGAUUACAGGUCUAGUAGUUAUUGUAAUUCACUUUGAUUUUUCACUUGACAGUUAAGUCCGCCAGCAUGCCAGAUACAAAAGUGCCAAUCAUUCAAAGACAUAUUAGGGGUUUAUCAAGAAGUGGUUGUGGUUAAUGAUUAUUUUUAAGUGAUGGGAGGGACUUAAAUUCUACAAUAUAUAGAAAGUAGAUGUCAGUUAAAACUGUGUAUCAGUUUGCUGCUAUCAGCAGAAUUUAUAGUUCCUUUAAUACGGAUUUUUAAUUGUUGAAGAUAACAAAAACCAGAGGGAGUCAUGUAUGUACCAAGCAGAUGCUGUUACUUUUGGUGCAGCACUGUUAAAUAUAUAAAUAGGUGAGCUAACAUAUUUGUCAAGAUAACAUACAGAAAAUAUAUUUGUUCAUUCUGUUUAGUAAAUGUUUCUAUUAAAAGCAUUGAAUACA